AUGGCACCAACUACUGUGCUCAUCACUGGGGCCAAUCGCGGCAUCGGCAAAGGUCUUCUCGAGAAAUACCUGGCUAGACCUAAUCACACCGUCAUCGGCACGGUCCGCGAUCCCAAUCACGAGUCAUCUAAGGCCCUGGCUAGUCUGCCCAAAGCCAAUGGGUCUUCUCUGGUACUUGUUAAAUUUGACAUCACAGUCAAGGCUGACGGUCUAGACGCUGUGAAACAGCUGGAAGCGCAGGGCAUUGAUCAUCUUGACGUUGUCAUUGCCAAUGCCGGUGUCUGUUUUGCAUGGCCCAAGGUGUCCGAGAUCAAAGUCGAAGAGAUCGAAGGCCACUACGUGCCGAACGUCCACGGUCUUAUUUUUACGUACCAAGCUACGCUGCCUCUGCUGAAGAAAUCCAAGAACGGCAAGUGGAUUACAAUUGGCUCGUGUUCGGCCUGGUUGACGAACCAACUUGACAUGCCAAAUGCGGCUUAUGGUACAUCUAAGGUCGUUGCACACUGGUUGACCAAGGCUAUCCACCGAGAAGAGCCGGAGCUAGUUGCGUUUCCCAUCGACCCGGGCUGGGUCCAGACGGACCUUGGAAACAAUGGUGCCCAUUACUUUGGCCAUGAGCAAGCGCCAUUGAAAGUUGAAGAUGUAACUGAGGGAAUUGUCAAGGUGGUUGACUCAGCCAAGAGGGAUAGCCACGGCGGGAAGUUGAUCCAGUGGGAUGGUGUUGUGCUGCCUUGGUAA